AUGAGAAAUCUGGGAACAGCAAGCAGAGCCAAGGAAUGUCCCACCCACGGCAUCUGGAGCCACUUCCUUCCUGGAAGGAGAACAAAGCAGAAAGAGGAGAUCAAGCCUCUCCCUGUGGAGGGUGAUGGAGCAAUGGGGCUCAAGCGGGUGGACCUCCAGGAAGGAGACUGCCAGGUGACAACUGGGGCCCCAGAGGAGCUGCAGAGCCUCAGGGAGAAGGAUGAGCAUGGGAGUGGAAGGACGUUCCCUAUGGAGCCACUCAUCCUGGAGUGGCUCAGGGACAACUGUGAGGGCACCCUCCACACCGGGGAAGAUACCUGGGGACUCUCCCUGGGGGUCAGAGUGGAGCGGGGGACUCCGGAAGCCCAAAGGCGGGAGACUCCUGGGGCUCAGGCUGAGGUUCUGCUGCUGUUCUAUGAAGCGGACCCAGGAGCCCAGGCGGAGCAGGGGUGGGGGGUGCGGCAGAGGAGGGAGCCAGAUGCCAGGGAGAGAGCACUGCUGUCAGCGCCCCUGGGAGAGGAUCCCUCAGAGCCCUUUGAGGGGCAGAGGGCUGGCGCGAGGGUGGCUGGCAACAAGCUGUGGGUGAGAAACCCUCCUCAAGGCCUUGGAGGAGCCCUAAUCACCAAGCAAAGAAACAUCCCUGCCCUGCCCUCAGGGAGCUCCCACUUCAAGGGGAAGACCCAGGCCUUACUUGGAGAUGGGUAUGAGGGGAUAGGGCCCUACUACGGGCCCCGGUGGAAUGCAGGGAAGAUCCCUGUAGCCAAAAGUCCUAUAAAUGAUGCUGAGUUCGUCAGCUCGGUUCCUGGCAUAGAACUCCGAGGCGUCUGCAGAGCAGAGAACAAACAAUGUGGAAUUAAAUUUCCCUGGAAAAUAGGCUUCGCAAGGCCAUGCAGGAUCGCACACGAGCUGGCCGGGGAUGCCCUUCUCCCGGCCAGUGCCUGGACAGACGGUCCAGCAACUUGGGUCAUUGCUGUACAGGUGAUGUCCAGCCCACUGCUGGCAGGAGGCCAUGCUGUCAGCUUGGCACCUUGUGACGAGCCCAGGAGGACCCUGCACCCAGCACCCAGCCCCAGCCUGCCGCCCCAGUGUUCUUACUACACCACGGAAGGCUGGGGAGCCCAGGCCCUGAUGGCCCCCGUGCCCUGCAUGGGGCCCCCUGACCGACUGCAGCAAGCCCCACAGGCGGAGGCCAAAGCCACCUGCUUCCUGCCAUCCCCUGGCGAGCAGGUCUUGGGAACCCCGGAAGACCUUGACUCCUACAUUGACUUCUCACUGGAGAGCCUCAAUCAGAUGAUCCUGGAACUAGACCCCACCUUCCAGCUGCUUCCCCAAGGGACUGGGGGCCCCCGGGCUGAGCUGGCCCAGAGCACCAUGUCAGUGAGAAAGAAGGAGGAACCUGAAGCCUUGGACAUAAAGUACAUCGAGGUGACCUCCGCCAGAUCAAGGUGCCAUGAUGGCCCCCAACGCUGCUCCAGCCCCUCUGUCACCCCACCCUUCGGCUCCCCUCGCAGUGGUGGCCUCCUCCUUUCCAGAGACGUCCCCCGAGAGACACGAAGCAGCAGUGAGAGCCUCAUCUUCUCUGGGAACCAGGGCAGGGGGCACCAGCGCCCUCUGCCCCCCUCAGAGGGUCUCUCCCCUCAACCCCCAAAUUCCCCCAGUAUCUCAAUCCCUUGCAUGGGGAGCAAAGCCUUGAGCCCCCAUGGCUUGGGCUCCCCACUGGUGGCUUCUCCAAGACUGGAGAAGCGGCUGGGAGGCCUGGCCCCACAGCGGGCCAGCAGGAUCUCCGUGGUAUCAGCCAGCCCAGCGUCUGAUGUCAGCUACAUGUUUGGAAGCAGCCAGUCCCUCCUGCACUCCAGCAACUCCAGUCAUCAGUCAUCUUCCAGAUCCUUGGAAAGUCCAGCCAGCUCUUCCUCCAGCCUCCACAGCCUUGGCUCAGUGUCCCUGUGUAUGAGACCCAGUGACUUCCAGGCUCCCAGAAACCCCACCCUAACCAUGGGCCAACCCAGAGCACCCCACUGUCCACCACUGGCCAAAGAACAUGCCAGCAGCUGCCCCCCAUCCAUCACCAACUCCAUGGUGGACAUACCCAUUGUGCUGAUCAACGGCUGCCCAGAACCAGGGUCUUCUCCACCCCAGCGGAGCCCAGGACACCAGAGCUCUGUUCGACCUGGAGCUGCUUCUCCCAGCAACCCCUGUCCAGCCACCAGGAGCCACAGCCAGACCCUGUCAGAUGCCCCCUUCACCACAUGCCCAGAGGGUCCCACCAGGGACAUGCAGCCCACCAUGAAGUUCGUGAUGGACACAUCUAAAUACUGGUUUAAGCCAAACAUCACCCGAGAGCAAGCAAUCGAGCUGCUGAGGAAGGAGGGGCCAGGGGCUUUUGUCAUAAGGGACAGCUCUUCAUACCGAGGCUCCUUCGGCCUGGCCCUGAAGGUCCAGGAGGUUCCCCCAUCUGCCCAGAAUCGACCAGGCGAGGACAGCAAUGACCUUAUUCGACACUUCCUCAUCAAGUCUUCUGCCAAAGGAGUGCAUCUCAAAGGAGCCGAUGAGGAGCCCUACUUUGGGAGCCUCUCUGCCUUCGUGUGCCAGCAUUCCAUCAUGGCCCUGGCCCUGCCCUGCAAACUCACCAUCCCGCAGAGAGAACUGGGAGGUGCAGAUGGGGCCUCGGACUCUACAGACAGCCCAGCCUCCUGCCAGAGGAAAUCUGCAGGCUGCCACACCCUGUACCUGAGCUCAGUGAGCGUGGAGACCCUGACCGGAGCCCUGGCCGUGCAGAAGGCCAUCUCCACCACCUUUGAGAGGGACGUCCUCCCCACGCCCACCGUGGUCCACUUCAAAGUCACAGAGCAGGGCAUCACCCUGACGGAUGUCCAGAGGAAGGUGUUUUUCCGGCGCCAUUACCCCCUCACUACCCUCCGCUUCUGUGGUAUGGACCCUGAGCAACGGAAGUGGCAGAAGUACUGCAAGCCCUCCUGGAUCUUUGGGUUUGUGGCCAAGAGCCAGACAGAGCCUCAGGAGAACGUGUGCCACCUAUUUGCGGAGUAUGACACGGUCCAGCCAGCCUCGCAGGUCAUCAGCCUGGUGACUGCUCUGCUGCAGGAUGCAGAAAGGAUGUAGGGGAGAGGCUGCCUGUGCACCUUCCCAACACCUCCAGGGAUUCACCAAGGAGCCCCCCUCCACCCCCUGAAUGGGUGUGGCUUGUGGCCAUAUUGACAGACCAAUCUGUGGGACUAGGGGGAUUGGUAUAAAGUUGACACCCUUGAACCUGCUAUGGCCUUCAGCAGUCACCAUCAUCCAGACCCCCCAGGCCUCAGUUUCCUCAACCACAGAAGGAGACCAAUAGACAAGAUCAGCUGUUCUCAGAUGCUGGUGGGCAUUUGAACACCCUCCUGCAUGAUUCUGAAGCAUGCCCACAUCUGAAGACCCCUGCAUGAAAAUAACCUCCAAGAACCCUCUGACCCUAUCGACCUGGGCUCUGCCAACACAAUAGUCUGAGCGAGAGACCUGCAGCCCCUGUUUCAGGUGCCUGGCGUUGACCCACGGGGUAUCUGGCUUGCAGCCAGUGAUGGUCAAGGAUUGACUACAAAACAGGAAUGGAUAGACUCUAUUUCCUUC